AUGGCAACGCUCAAAGAUAACCUGGAGCCUGCAUACAUGCAACGAGAUGAAGUCCUGCCAGGAGUUCGUGGAAAGCCAGAUGCCGAAGUGAUCCAAGACGUGACGUCAACGUUCUUUCUCCUGUUGGCUAUUUACUUCCCAGCUGUCACUGGUAUCAUGACCGGUACCAAUAUGAGUGGUGAUCUGCGAGACCCUCAACGUUCAAUUCCAAGCGGUACUAUAGCCGCCACGGUCACGACGUCAAUCAUCUACUAUGCCUUAGCUGUGCUCUUCGCUGCUAGUGUCGAUAGAUCCGUGCUCAGAGACAAACCGUUAAGAUUUGGCCGAUCAAUUGAUAACAACAUGGUGGUCUCGACUUUGGCUUGGCCGUCCCCGUGGGUCGUCACCGUUGGAUCAUUCCUCAGCACAUUCGGUGCCGCUCU